AUCAACGAUAUAUAACGAGGACGCGUUGGUGUCGAGAUAAAAUUGAAAUUAAGAGAUGCGGCAGUAUCUCGCGCCACAUAUAAGCGUAGCGAAAACUGCUCAGAACUUAUACAUGAUGUUUCUUCGGGGUAAUAGCAAGUAUUUUUGGCAGGUACUCUUGCCUGCCGGCAAGCAUGAAAACGUUUGACACACGCAAGAUUUAACUGAAGCUCGUCUUUUCGCACAUACAUAAUCAUUGACUGUUCGUUUGACCUAUAAAGCACACUUUAAAAAAAGAAAAGAGAAACGAUGUUGUGUAGCAUAAGAAAUUGCAUGCCGUUUGUAGCGAGACGGAUUUCACUAUUUCGCCAGAUUAACAAACGAUACGAGAUAAAUAAUAACAGCGAGUUUGUGAGCAAGGUGAUGAACGGCACUGUGCCGGUUAUAGUCAAUUUUCACGCGGACUGGUGCGAUCCAUGUAAGAUACUGACGCCCAAGUUAAUAGAACUCAUAGAGCCUAUGGAUAAGCUAGAUCUGGCCAUAGUCGACGUGGAGGAGAAUCCCGAAUUGGUGCACGUCUUCGAGGUGAAAGCUGUACCGGCGGUGAUAGCAAUCUCGAAUGGCUUAGUCGUAGACAAAUUUAUCGGUUUAGUUAACAACGAGAUGAUCGAGAGCUUGAUACAAAAGCUGACGCACGAAGGACCAAUGACUACGGAAAGUAGCGACACUAACGAUAAAUCGUAGUCAUGAACAUAGUGAAUUACGUAAUACACACUUUACGCUUCCAUUUCUCUCUAUCAACUAAAUGUAUUUUCAUACUUGUAGAGAGAGAGAGAGAGAGAAUUGUAACACCUCUAAGCUACUUCGUCCAAGAAUUAUGGCCUUUUUUUAUCUAAUUAUGCUCAGAUAAGCACUGUGUAGGUAAAACUUUUAGAUAUAUUUGUUGUAAAAUAGCAAUAUUAUAAUGUUAAGUGAUUAACGAAACUAAUGUGUAUGUAUUAAUACUCGUGAAUCUGUUAAUGUCCAGAUUAUAUAUUAUAUUGAAAUAUUUAUACUUCUAUACACUUAGAUAUUCUACAGGGUGCUCCCGGAUUAAAUGGCCAAAUUUGAAAGAUGUAUUUAGGACCUCAAAGCAAGACAAAUUUUCCUCUGGAAAUAUGCUCGUAAACGUUCCGUUCACGAGAUAUUGACUUCUGAAGUUAUGAACUGUUAGGAAUGAAUAAUUUCGAAAUAAUUCAGAUUUAUCCUCUUUAUUGCUUUUUAAUAAUAAAAAUUUAAUUAUUAAACGUUUUGUUCAAAAUGAUGGCCUCCAGCUUGGAGACAUGCAUUGCACCUAUCGAUGACUGAAUGAGUGGCUGACUGACAUUGUGCGUCUGUAAUUUCGUUACACGCCUGCACUAUCCUCCGUUUUAAUGAUUGAAGAUCAUUAACGGGCACUUCAUACCAGUUUAUUCGACGAAAGCAUUCAACGAACUAAGUAUGAUGAUACGACGCUUUCUUUACCAUGCAAAUAAAAGCCUAUCAAUGACCUUCGAUUUCGUAAACAAAGUUCCGUCGUACUGUAUGUUUUGCGAUUGGUUUUUAAAUCAAACAAAUUACGAUUUACAAUUCUCACAAAACAUUUUAUGGACAGAUGAAGCCAUAUUUACCAGACAAGGAAUUCUGAAUCAAAGAAAUAGUCAUAUUUCGAAAUUAUUCGUUCCUAAAAGUUCAUAACUUCAGACGUCAAUAUCUCUUGAACGGAACGUUUACGAGCAUAUUUCCAGAGGAAAAUUUUCCUUGCUUUUAGGUCCUAAAUACAUCUUUCACGUUUGGCCAUUUAACCCGGGAGCACCCUGUAUAAUACAGAGAGCUUGUUCAACAGCCUAUAUUCUUGAAUCGACCAAAACGAUGGUAGAAAUUCUCCUUGCGAUGUUCGAAAGAUGCGAGACAGGAGUCCUAUAUCAUAAAGAAGAUUAUUGUAGAAUCUAUUGCAAAGUAUAAAACACCUGUAAACUGAAACACUUGUGAUAUAUAUCUUUUUAGAUACGACUUUUUUCAAUAUAUAUUCUUGAGAUAGCUGUGCGUAUCUUCGCUUAAUAUUUAUAUAAGUAUAUAGUAAAACCAAAUAAAAAUCACUCGACGAGUCAGACCGAUAACAAAUUGUGUGCAAUGAUGAUAAGUCUGCAAAGUGAUACGAAUUGCGUUACUUUGGACGUGUGACGAUAGAUAUUUUUUAAAUACACUUUAUACACAUAUACAUAUAUUUUUUUCUGAUAGCUUACUUUCAUU